GUAUCUUCUAUCUAUUACAUUCUAGGUAUUGCCUAUGUUUCAACUAUGUGUUUAUCUAACUCAGUUGGUGUAGUCGAGAACUCAAUGAAUUUGGAAGUUGUAGCUGCAAUUAUGGCGCAUGAAAUGGGCCAUAAUUUUGGCAUGAAUCAUGAUACGGGCAGAACCUGUUCCUGCCCUUAUAAACCAACUGGAGCUACAAUAUGUAUUAUGGCAGCGACGUUACGUUCGCCUUACCCGCAAUCAUUCUCUAGCUGUAGCGUCGCAGACUUGAAUAAAAAUUUAAAUGAAGGACUCGGAUCAUGUCUGUUUAACGCUCCUACAAAAUUAUACACAAAUCCAUGUCAGGAUCCUUGUUGCAAUGCAGCAACAUGUAAACUGCAAUCAUUUGCUGAAUGCGCCUCCGGAUCGUGCUGUGCAAAUUGUAAAUUCAAGGCUAGAUCAACGUUAUGUCGCAAUGUUACGAAUGAUUGUGAUUUACCAGAAUACUGUAGUGGAACAUCAGCAGAUUGUCCUGUUAAUGUCGUCAAGCAAUCAUCCCUUACAUGUGGUAAUAGUACCGGUUAUUGCUAUAAUGGAGCAUGCGUUACUAUCGACGCACAAUGUCAAACAUUAUGGGGUCCUACUGGAAAGAAGGCUCCUCAGCUCUGUUGGGAUAGACUCAAUGUUGCUGGAAAUAAAUAUGGCUUUUGUAAGAAAACUAGUGCUGGACAGUUUAUCGGUUGCACCGCUAGCAAUGUUCAAUGUGGUAAACUUCAUUGCGAUACACAAGCCAGUAAGCCCGCGAUCGGUAGUACCUGGAGUUCUGCAACAGCUACAUUUACUCAGGGUGGAAAGCAAACUAUUUGCAGGAGCGCUUCUGUAGACUUAGGCUCGGACAUCCCCGAUCCAGGGAUUGUAUUGGACGGAACAAAAUGUGGAGAUAAAAAAAUUUGUUUCGAUAACGAAUGCCGUGAUAUUUCUAAUGUUAUUAACGUUAAACAGUGUAACCCUGUUGAUUGCUCUAAUCACGGAAUUUGCAAUAGUAACGGAAACUGUCAUUGUGAUAAUGGUUACGCUCCACCGUCAUGUAGUCAACCAGGCAAUGGAGGUAGUAUUGAUAGUCAUGGCCAUAGCACUGUACCGACUGCAACUCCAGGUAAGAUCGUUCUUAAACAAUCUCAUGUUUAUGUUAUACUUACAGCAGUAUCAUAUAACUGA